AUGAUGUUCGGAAGAGCGGAAGGUGGCAGGAAAAGAGGAAGACCCGUCAUGAAAUUAAUUGACUCAAUAAAGGAAGACGGUAAACCCUCCGUUUGCAAGGCUGGGCUGGGGUUUGCCUCUAUGGUGAUCGUCUUCUUCUGCAACACCUACUACAUUAUGGUGCUCGCCUGGGGUUUCUACUACCUAGUGAAGUCUUUCACCGCCACCUUGCCCUGGGCGACGUGCGGAAACCCCUGGAACUCUCCCGAGUGCGUGGAGAUCUUCCGGCACGAAGACUGUGCCAACGGCACUGGCACCAGCAACCUGACCUGCAACGAGCUCUCCGACAAGAGGUCCCCCGUGAUCGAAUUCUGGGAGAACGAGGUGUUGCGUCUUUCCAAAGGCCUGGACUUCCCCGGAGCCAUCAACUGGGAAGUGACUCUCUGCCUUCUGGCCUGCUGGAUCCUUGUCUACUUCUGCGUCUGGAAGGGCGUCAAGUCCACUGGCAAGGCCCUGGCCUCGUGGCUGCCGCUCCCACCCUGUUCUCUGUCUCCAGUGCCAGAAGUUGCCAGGGACUUGGAACGAGGCAGGGAGCGAAAGAGCAAGCUGCGUGCCUGA